UGACGAAGUGCAAGCACAGCGCUCGACGCGGAACAAUGUCGAUGUGUGCUGCCUACGUCUCCGCCUUGAACAAGUCGACUACAUCCACUUCCUCCGCCACGACCGCAUGGCUCAUCUCGUACAAGGGAGGGAAGCGCCGCAGCGCCGCCUUGGUCGCUGCUUUCCAAGCGAAGAAGACCUCCCUCGCCCUCCAACUCUUGCCCAAACUGCUUCUGAAGCAACCCAACUUUGCCGUCUGGUUGAAGGGAACGACUUGUUCGCCUUCACCUGUCGACCUCGUCGCGACUUCCACCCCUCUCACCCCUUGCGAGUCCACGGUGGUACCUGUCAACCCCGCGACAGCACUCCGCGCGCUUGUCACCACCGCCGUGGUGCAGCAGAAUGCAUCCCUCGAGUUGACUGCAGACGGUUGCGGCGGCGUUUACAUCGUAUAUCCCUCCACAAGCCGCGCACCUCUCGCUGUCUUCAAACCCAUGGACGAAGAGUACAUGGCCCCGCAGAACCCUCGCGGGUAUCGUUGCCCUGGCGCCGUCAUUGGAGAAACGGCGCAUCCUGUGAAGAAAGGCUUCCUCGUAGGCGACGGCGCCGCGCGCGAAGUCGCCGCGUACCUCUUGGACGCCGCCUACGAUCAUUUCAGCGGAGUGCCAGCAACCCAUUUCGUAUCGUUGCCGGUUGGAGGCACGUGGAAGGACGGGUCGGUGCAGGCAUAUGUCACUUCCGAAAGCUCAGCCGAAGACAUCGGGACUUUGCGCUUUGGGGUGGUGGAUGUGCAUAAGAUUGCCAUCUUGGACCUCCGCCUCUUCAACACAGAUCGCCAUGCUGGCAACAUCCUGCUGCAGACGCCGUCGUCGCCUCUGUCGUCGGCAUACGCCAUGGUCCCCAUCGAUCACGGUCUAUGCCUGCCCUCGGUGGAGCACUUGGACGCCGCCACGUUUGAAUGGCUGCACUGGCCGCAAGCCAAGUUCCCCCUGAGCCCUGAGGCCGCCGCGCAUGUCGCCUCGUUGGACAUCGACCAAGAUGCCGCAACGUUGCGCGCCAUUGGGCUGCCCGAAACGUCUGUCCUGACCAUGCAAAUCUGCACCAAGUUGCUGCAGAAAGGGGUCGAGAACGGCUUUACGUUGUACGACGUGGGGGCCGUGAUGGAACGGGAAGGGUGCGGCAACCUGCCGUCCAAGCUGGAAAUGCUGGUGGCAGGCGUGAAGGAGUCUGUGCAGGACAUGUCGUCGCCUGGCUUCUUGAUCGAGGUCGACGAUGCCAUCGACGCGUUGUGGGAAGCUGCAGACAAGUGCAGGGGCCGCAGCAUGAGCGUAUUGUGAGUAGACCAAAUAAGUUAGUGUGUAGAAAAUCCACCGUCGUAAACUAAAAGUACUAAAUAAAUUAUCGCCAAAGUCGCUUGACUUUAGCCCCCC